CUCCUUCUUAGGUGCUUUAUUUCUCUUCUUAGCUCUCUCCUGAAGUUCUGCAGGGGAAAAAGGAAAUGUCAGUCCUUGUGGUGACGAGUUUAGGGGACAUAGUCGUGGAUUUGUAUACGGACAAGUGUCCAUUGACCUGCAAGAAUUUUUUGAAGCUCUGCAAGAUUAAGUAUUAUAAUGGCUGCCUCUUUCACACGGUUCAGAAGGAUUUCACUGCCCAGACUGGGGACCCGAGUGGAACUGGGUCCGGUGGUGAUUCAGUGUACAAGUUUCUCUAUGGUGAUCAAGCUCGAUUUUUCAGUGAUGAGAUUCAUCAUGAUUUAAAGCAUUCUAAGACGGGCACUGUUGCAAUGGCUAGUGCUGGAGAGAAUCUUAAUGCUUCCCAGUUCUAUUUCACACUUCGGAAUGAUCUAGACUACCUUGAUGGGAAGCACACAGUUUUUGGGGAGGUUGCUGAAGGGCUUGAAACUUUGACUAGGAUAAAUGAAGCUUUUGUUGACGAGAAGAAUAGACCAUAUAAAAAUAUCCGCAUCAGGCACACAUACAUAUUAGAGGAUCCUUUUGAUGAUCCUUCUCAGUUAGCUGAGUUGAUUCCUGAAGCUUCCCCAGAAGGAAAACCUAAAGAUGAGGUUGAGGAUGAGGUUCGGCUUGAAGAUGAUUGGGUUCCCAUGGAUGAGCAAUUAACUCCUGCACAGCUUGAGGAAGUUCUUAGAUCAAAAGAUGCACAUUCUAGUGCAGUUGUACUUGAAAGUAUUGGAGACAUUCCUGAUGCUGAAAUAAAGCCUCCUGAUAAUGUGCUUUUUGUUUGUAAACUUAAUCCAGUCACUGAAGAUGAGGACUUGCAUACUAUCUUUUCACGUUUUGGAACUGUGAUCUCGGCUGAGAUAAUCCGUGAUUACAAGACUGGGGACAGUUUAUGCUAUGCUUUCAUAGAAUUUGAGACCAGAGAGGCAUGUGAACAAGCCUAUUUCAAGAUGGAUAAUGUCUUGAUUGAUGAUAGAAGGAUACAUGUGGAUUUUAGUCAAAGUGUUGCAAAACUUUGGUCCCAGUACAGGCGCAAGGAUUUCCAAACGGGCAAAGGUAGGGGUUGCUUCAAAUGUGGUGCCCUUGAUCACGUUGCCAGGGAUUGUACUGAGGGUCCAGGCAAAUUGCAGUCUUCAAAAUACAUCUUAAAGGAUGAUAACACACAGCAUGGUGGAGACAGUAACUCAAGGUAUGAGAUGGUAUUUGAUGAAGACACUCCUGAUAGUCCAAGGCGAGAAAAGAGGCAGCGUCAACAUGAUCAUGAUGAACGUGAGGGUAGACACAAAAUGAGUGGGCGUGGUUCUGAUGACUUAAGAGAUAGGGAUGAAGAGAAGAAAGAAUUAACUAACCGGCACAGGCAGAGAGACCGAGGUUCAGAAUACAGAGAAGAUGGGAAUCGGCCUAGUGCUAGAAGAGAUGAAAGCUAUCUUAAAGAACGGAAUAAUGGAGAAAGGCAGGUGGAAAGACAAAGAGAAAGAGAUGAGCCAAACUACAGAAAGAAAAGUGGAGAUACUGCUGGUGGAGACAGGAGGGAUCAUGGGGAUCUCAGAAGAAGCGGAGAUCAUUACAACCAUGCAGACAGGAGAGAUGGAGAUUACAAGAGAAGAAAAGAAGGUAAUGCAGACAAGAAAGAUGAGGGAGAUUACAGGAAGAGAAGUGAUAAUGAUGAUAUCCAAAGGGAUAGUAGGGGUGAGAGAGAUUAUAGGAGUGAGAGACGGGAUGAAAAGAACGAGACAUAUAGGAAAAGUGGUGCUGUUGAACACGGUUAUAAAGACAGGAGGGAAGAUCGAUCACACAAGCAUAGACAGGUAGAACGUGAAGAUGACCGUGAUCGAGGUAGAAGGCACCGAGAUUAUGAUCGUGAGCUAGAUACAAGGCACCGAGGUGAUUAUGACCGGGAGCAAGAUGCAAGGCACCGAGGUGACAGAAAGAGAUGAAGUUCCAAGGAGCAUGAGGGCUUGAUCAAAUGCUACUGUUAGCCUGGAAUCUGUUUUACAGACCCAAAAAUAUCUUUUAGAAUGCAAUUCAGUUUGUGAUCUUGGUUGUAGUUUCAAAAUAUUUCUGUUUCAAAUUUCCUCUUUCGUCACUUUUUUUUUUUUAAGUACAUCAGAUUCAUAAUAACUUCUAAUCCAGAGU